UUUUUCUAUUUGAAAUUACUAGAUGAAUACUAACAAAAUAAAGAGUAAUUUAGUAAUUUCACAUAUGAUAAAGACAAAAUAUAGAGUGUCAAUAGCUAAAUAUAGAGUGUCAAAAUCACUUCCUUAAAAAAAAAAAAAAGGUUAAUAAGAGAAUGAGAAUACCUCUAAAACUAAUUAUCUUGCACUUUUGAUGAUCUGCUACACUUGGAAAGAAACACCAUUCACAUGACCAUGGAGUUGCAAAGUCUCAUCCUAAUAGCAAUAGCAACUUUAGGCUUCAUUUCUCUUUGCAAUCACCUGGCCAAAUUUUUGACAUGGGUAUGGGUGAUGUUUCUGAGACCACCAAAGAAUCUGAAACAGUAUGGUUCAUGGGCUCUAAUCACUGGUUCGACCGAUGGAAUCGGCAAAGCCCUUGCCUUAGAGUUGGCGUCGAAGGGUCUCGGCCUCGUACUGGUCGGCCUAGACCCUUUGAAACUUAAGGCUACUUGUCAACAAAUCCGAGAAGAAAACGGUGGAAAUGCUUCGGUUAAGACAAUUGUGAUCGAUUUUUCCAAACUUCGCAGAGAUGAGAUAGCGAAGAAGGUCGAGGAAGGGAUUGCAGGAUUGGAUGUGGGGAUUUUGAUUAACAAUGCGGGAUUAUCGUACCCUUUCCCGAGGUUCUUACAUGAGGUUGAUUUGGAGAUGGCGGAGAGUAUCGUCAGGGUGAACGUUGUGGGGACUACUUGGGUGACCAAGGCAGUUUUACCGGGGAUGUUGAAGAGGAAAAGAGGUGCAAUCGUGAAUAUUGGCUCUGGUUCCUCCUCUGUUGCAGUCUCUUCCUACCCUCUUUUCACCAUUUACGCCGCCACCAAAGCAUUCAUCGCAAUGAUGUCUAGAAGUAUCAGUUUGGAGUACAAGCAACAUGGAAUUGACAUACAAUGCCAGAUCCCUUUGCUCGUGGCAACGAAAAUGACAUCCAUCAGGAGAUCUUCCUUCUUCAUUCCAUCGCCAGAGACGUACAGCAAAGCAAGCUUACGAGCAAUUGGUUACGAUCAAAUUUGCGUGCCAUAUUGGACACACUCAUUGCAAUGGGGCAUAAUGCGAUCGCUCCCGGAUGCAGUAGUGGAUUGGUCUCUAUUUUGGUAUUUUUCCGGGAUGCGAAAGAGAGGCCUAAAGAAGCUGCAGAAGAAGAAUAAGCAAUGACAAUGCCAUUGAAAAAUGGUAUUGGAGAAGAUUAAUAAAUGUUUUCCUGUACUCUCUUUCUCCUCUUUUUUUUUUCCUGAGUUGAAUGGUAUGAUUAUGAAGUGAGGGUUAAUUAAUUUUCCUAAUGUUCUGUAAGCUGUAUUAUUGUUGGUAUUUACAGAAUAUAAUGUAGCGAAAUAAAGGCAAAAAUUAUGAA